ACGACAUUACAUUUGCUACGAUUAGGAUCACUGGGGAUGUAAAUGACAAACGUCUAGCGGUUCAGUGCCUUUUGUUUUUCAGACGAUUUUCCCGAUUUUACCUCAGUUUUUUAACCCAGGCGUAACGAUCCUAAUCUACGGACUCUAUACAACAAGCCAGGUAGGUGCUAUCGAGCAAUAAAACAUGGCGAGAGGAGGAGCUGCGAAUGCUUCCUACGCCGUGAACGGCACUCCGUCCAGACCGCAGCAGCAGAUGUCGUACCGGAUCGGUAUCUACGGCUGGAGGAAGCGAUGCCUGUACCUCUUCAUCUUACUUCUCAUGGUCCUCAUCGUUAUAAACCUGGCCCUGACGAUAUGGAUCCUCAAAGUGCUCAACUUCAACAUUGAUGGCAUGGGAAAGCUCCGUAUCCUGGACAGAGGACUCAGGCUAGAGGGAGAGUCCGAGUUCCUUAAACCGCUGUACGCUGCAGAAGUCCGGUCAAGAGUGAACCAGCCUCUUGUUCUGGAGUCAGCCAGAAAUGUGACCAUGAAUGCCAGGAACCGGAAUGGCAACGUUACUGGGAAACUGGUUAUCGGUGCCAAUGACGUGGUUGCCAUGAAUGACCAGUUCCAGGUGGAUGAUAACAAUGGAAAGAUGCUGUUCUACGCUGACACCAAUGAAGUGGUGGUUGGAGCAGACAGACUCAGAGUCACAGGAGAGCAAGGAGCAGUCUUUGCAGGCUCAGUGCAGACCCCGCAUGUAAGAGCAGAGCCAUUUGAACCCCUCAAGCUGGAGUCCACCACCAGGUCCCUGUAUGUGGAGGCACCAGAAGGAGUGACCAUGGAGGCUGAGGGAGGAGGAUUCUCUGCAACCUGUCGUACUGACCUCAAACUCACAUCCAGCCAGGGAAAGAUUGUGUUGGAUGCUGGUAACAUCCACCUACAGAACAUCCCGGAGAGCAGGCCCGCCGGAUCGGGGCGCCGGCUCAACAACGUCUACGAACUCUGCACGUGUCCUGACGGGAAACUGUUCCUCGCCGUGCCGACGUCCGGAUGCGAAGUCAACACGGGAAUCUGCAGCUAGUGGAGAGAAAAAAAAGCAGAAACGCUUCUCGUUUUAUUUAC